CGCGCCCUGCGCCCGCCAGGGGGCGCGCCGCCCUUCCCAGCCUCCUGCCGCAGGCCUGACGCUCCCCGCAGCCCAAAGCCCCGGAAGGACGCGGGGCGCAUGCGCAGCAAGGGGCCGGGGCGGGCCGGGGCAUGCGGGCGCCCAGGCACACGAUGGCUCCCCUCCCUGGUGCAGAACUAGUCAAGAGGCCCCUGCAGCUGUAUCGCUACCUGCUCCGUUGCUGCAAGGAAUUGCCCGGGGAGAACGUCCGAGAGCACUACAGGCACGCCAUCAGGCAGAGCUUCAAUGUUCAUGCAGAUGAAGACAAUCCUGAGAGAAUCCAGCAGAUUAUCAAGAGAGCCAUUGAAGAUGCAGACUGGGUGAUGGAGAAAUAUAAAAAAGAGAAGUAGAGGAAGUGAUGGGCAAGAAGUCAUCUGAUGAAGACUAGAGGAUGCUGCACUGCAGACUGAAGGGAACAGUCGUCUCCCGGCUUCAGCCAGCUGGCCAUCCAGGGGUGGGCAGGAGGCCUCUUGCAAACGAGGCUGAACUCCGAUUAAGUUCUGAAUGGCAUGAAGUUCCUGGCUGAGUCUGUGGGGAGCAGACGGACAUUGGGAAACCACGGAAAUCAUUCUUAGGUCAAAUACUAAAUUUAGCCGUCUUGCUGGAAUUCUGAAAAUAUUGGGAAAUCCUUGAAGCUUAAGGCUGCGACGAGACACGACUAGAUCAGUCCACAGUUGGUAGAGAAGAUAUGGUCUAUACAUAUUUCAAAUAAAUAAAUAUUUAUAUAUUAUGAAAACCAA